UCGCUCGAUUGCACUCUUGCUCUGCUCUUUUCCUCUGCAAAACAGAAGGAAUUUUGUUUGAGAGAGAUGAAGUCAAUGACCAAAAGCUGAAAUACUAUUCACACUCUUAUUCUUCAAAAUCAUCGUAUGAGUAGCAGUUUAAUUCGACUAGUAAAAGUAUACAAGGAAUGGAUUCCAGCGACUCGCAGCCAGAAGUAGACAACAAGGGUAAAGGAAAAGAGCUCCAGUGGACUCAAGAAAUGGACGAAUGCAUGAUAAAAACAUUUGCUGAGCAAGCAACAUUAGGUCACGGAGAGGAGAAGGGAUUCAAUGAUCAAGCCUAUGAUGCUGUUUCAAAAGUUUUGUCUGAUAGGCUUGAUGGUGAUGUAUCUAAGAAGUGUAUAAAUCAUCGUCUUAAAACACUUCGAGCUGAACACCGCAUGGUUAGGACGUUAAGGGAGCAAAGUGGAUUUGAGUGGGACUCAACUAAAAAUGAGAUCAUAGCGUCGGAUUCUACCUGGAAUGACUACAUCAAGGCUCAUCCAGAGUCCAAAUACUGUCGUGGAAGGUCAUUCAAAUGGGAUUCUGAUUCAUUGGAUGUUAUUAUAGGUAAUGAUAAUUCUACUGAUGGCUUUGCUAUAGUUGCUUAUGAUUCUAGUGAUUCAGAACCGGAAGUUGAAGAAGGAAAGGUUAAACAACUUAGGUGGACCCAAGAAAUGGAUGAAUGCAUGAUAAAGAUAUUGAUUGAGCAAGAGAAGUUGGGCCGCAAAGGGGACAGGGGUUUCAAAGAUCAAGCAUAUAGUGCUGUUACCAGGGGUUUAUCUGAUUGCCUUCGUGUUGAUGUGUCUAGAAGUCAUAUAGAUAAUAGAUUAAGAACGUUCCGAACGGAAUACCGAAUGUUUCGUACUCUCAGAGAACAGAAUGAGUUUGACUGGGACCCAGUAAAAAAUAAGCUCACUGCCUCGGAUUCGAUAUGGAACGAGUACAUAAAGGCACACCCAAAGUUCAAGUAUUAUCGUGGAAGAGCAUGCAAAUGGAACUAUGAAUCAUUGAGUAUUAUUUUAGGCGAUAAUCCUGCUACAGGAAGCUUUCCCUUGGCUUGUAUUGAUUCUUGUGACUCACAACCAGAAGUAGACAAUAAGAAGAAAGGAAGACAACUUAGGUGGACUCAAGGAAUGGACGAGCGCUUGAUUGAAACUGUUGUUGAGCAAGUAAGAUCAGGUGGAAAAGGUGAGAAGGGCGGGUUUAAUGAUCAAGUUUAUAAUGCUGUUAGCAAAGUUCUGGCAGAGCGGCUCGAUGUUGAUGUUGGUAGGAAGCAUAUAGACAAUCGGCUUAGGACACUUCGCACAGAAUACCGAUUGUUCAGUACUUUGAGAGGGCAGACUGGAUUCUGUUGGGACCCCGUUAGAAGUAUGAUUACUGCGCCAGUUGGUGUAUGGAAUGAGUUCAUUAAGGCACACCCAGAAUUUAAGACAUGUCGUGGCAGGUCAUGCAAAUGGGAUUACGAGUUUUUGGCUAUUAUUUUUGGCAGUGAUCACCUAGUAAUCAACAAUCAAGUUACCGAUAGCUUUUCCAUUGAUGGUGUUGAUGCUGAUAUUACCUCAACUCCAGUUGAGGGUAUAGGAGAUGCUGAUGAGCUUCCACUGAUUGGAGAGGAUUUGUGCUUAGACUACAUCAAUGAGGAGGCGGAUAGAUCAAGCCAGGACCUAAGAAGGAAACAAACACCUAUACAACAGAGGCGGUUCAAGAAGCCACGUACAUCUGAUAUCGUGAGGGAGGUAAUGGAAGCAGUGAAAACCCAGAUAAGCGGGUUAGCUAAAUCAGUGGACGGGUUGUCAUUUGCGAAAAAAUUGUAUUCAGAGGUCAUGAAUGUAGAAGGAUUUAGUCCAGACUUCUUAGACCGUGCUUUCGAGAUUUUGAAGAGGGAUGGCCAUGGUGCAGAAAUAUUUCUAGUGAGGAAUGAGGUGUAUCGAAAGCGAAUGUUGGAAGAAUUGUAUCAGAAAUAUGCUGACAAUUGUGGAGGUAGUAGCCGGGCAGACCAAAUUUGAAACCCUUGUCCGGUUGAUCUGCCAUGUUUGCAAAGUUUUAUAUGUAAUAAUUGUUCUUUUUUAGUCGCGUUAUAUGCAUAGGAGUAAAAUUGAAAAAAGAAUACAUGAAAUUGCCCUAUCUUCCUAUAUUUCCUUAA